AUGGUUUAUGUCUACGUCCUUCUUUUCGCCAGCAUUUUGACCGUUCACGUUCAUGGAAAAGAAUUGGUUUCUGGAACCAUUUUCAAAGGUUCCCUCAAUUUGGUGGACUUGGCUGGGAGUGAAAGAAUGGAUAAAUCGAAAGUUCAAGGCGAUAGACUGAAGGAAGCUCAAUAUAUCAACAGAUCACUCUCUGCACUUGGAGAUGUCAUCUCAGCUCUUGCCCAAAAGAGCACACAUAUUCCUUACAGAAACAGCAAGCUAACUCAAAUAUUGCAGAACUCUUUAGGUGGGCAUGCUAAGACAUUAAUGCUUGUACAUAUAAGCCCUGAACCUGAUGCCAUUGGAGAGACACUUAGCACAUUGAAGUUUGCUGAAAGAGUAGCCUCGAUAGAACUCGGAGCAGCUCGAUCUAACAAAGAAACUGGUGACAUACUAGAAUUGAAAGAAGAGAUAACAAAUCUUAAGCUGGCAUUGGAAAAGAAAGAAGCUGAAGUAGAACAAUUCAAGGUUGGAAAUGCUGGAAGCAUUACACCAUCUCAAAAGGCAAAAGUGCUUAGAUUUGGAAUCUCUUCCAACUUUAAGCCUGAGACAUAUCAACGCCCUAAUGAUGAUACUAAAGGCUCUGAGGCCAGGACUGCUUCUUCAGCUAAGCUAAGGCGAUCAAAGUUUUCGUCUGCACUCAUAGGGAAGGAGAUAUCAGUAAAGGUGCCUGAAGAGAGAGCUUCACGUCUUGGAAAGCCUCAGUCACCUACCCCUCCUGUAAGGAGAUAUUUGUCCGGUGAUAAAGGAGCCUCGACGAGAAAUAAGGUCAAGUUUGAUGUAGUUGAGAACCAACCGAUGUCAAAAGUAGUAGUUCCGGUUAAAGCACAUGGCACUAGAUCUCUCGCCCCAGUGCCAGAGAUCACAUCAACAGAUAACAACUCUGGGGUCCAGGCAGACCAUAAGAGUGAUGAAAGUAAAUUGAAUUCUCUGAUGCAUUCAACAGCCUCGUCUCUAGGGAAAGUCAGUCAGAACUUGAAGAAGAGCAGUUUCUUUUAAAUUGAAAAAGGAAGCAUUAGAAAAGCAGGAGUGAGUCUAAAUCUUUGCAUCAACAGCCAGACAGGUUCCUGAUAUCUAAUGUACCAUACUAUCACAGAUAUCGCUUUUAAAUAUGUAUAUGGGUCAAAAUCAAAAUUAUGGAGCCCCUAAGAGUGUUUUUGGUACCACAAAAUGAGAAACCAUUUGUUGGCUCCCCACUUACCAGUUCAUACCAUGGUGAUACAACUUCUUCGGGAAUUGUAAAAUGUUGUACCUGUUGAGGAAGAGAAUUCAAAGUAUAAAAACAUAAAAAUAGUGUUUAAAAUUGCAAA